GCAUCACAUUGUUCUCGUAGAUACGCACUCAUAGUUUUGAAUCGGUUUCGGUGUAGGAAAGGAAGAAACAGAAAUGGCAGAUCCUGAACCUGUAUCACCUGGACUGGUGUCAUUCUUGCUUGGAAUUGUCCCCAUUUUCGUAGCAUGGAUAUAUUCUGAAUGUUUAGAAUUUAAGAAGUCUAUAUCCCCUCCUAAAGUUCAUUCAGACAUUAACCUGGUUGAAUUGGGAAAUGAGACAAUCAAGGAAGAUGAUCGGACUGUUUUGCUGGAAGGAGGCCUCACAAAAUCAGCAUCUACGAAGUUGGCUACUACUAACAUUAAAGCAAACUUAAUUAGGUUUCUGACUAUGGACGACUCAUUUUUGCUAGAAAAUCGAGCAACUUUGAGAGCAAUGUCUGAAUUCGGGGGAAUUCUAUUCUACUUCUACUUAUGCGACCGGACGAAUAUAUUGGCAGAUUCUACCAAGAGCUACAAUCGCGAUCUUUUUCUCUUUCUGUACAUACUUCUCAUCAUCGUUUCAGCAAUGACUUCUCUCAAGAAACAUCAGGAUAAGUCGGCAUUUUCUGGCAAAUCUUUACUCUACCUUAAUCGGCAUCAGACGGAGGAGUGGAAAGGAUGGAUGCAGGUCCUAUUUUUAAUGUAUCAUUACUUUGCUGCAACGGAGAUAUACAAUGCAAUACGUGUUUUUAUUGCUGCAUAUGUCUGGAUGACUGGUUUUGGCAACUUCUCCUACUAUUACAUUCGCAAGGACUUCAGCGUUGCACGGUUUGCUCAGAUGAUGUGGAGGCUAAAUUUUUUCGUGGCAUUUUGUUGCAUUGUCCUGAACAAUGACUAUAUGCUGUACUAUAUCUGCCCCAUGCAUACGCUUUUCACUCUUAUGGUGUAUGGGGCCCUUGGAAUUGGCCACAAUUAUAAUGACAAAAAAUCAGUGAUGGCAAUGAAAAUCGCCGCAUGCUUUCUGGUGGUUAUCCUGAUUUGGGAAAUUCCUGGAGUUUUUGAGUUUGUCUGGCGUCCUUUGACAUUCUUGUUAGGGUAUACUGAUCCUGCAAAACCAGAUCUCCCCCGGUUACAUGAAUGGCAUUUCAGAUCUGGACUUGAUCGCUACAUAUGGAUCAUCGGAAUGAUAUAUGCUUAUUUUCACCCUAACGUUGAGAAAUGGAUGGAGAAACUUGAGGAGUCUGAACCCAAGCGGAGACGAGCAAUCAAAACAGGCAUUGUUGCGGUUUCCUCAGUUGCUGGCUAUUUGUGGUAUGAAUAUAUUUACAAGCUGGACAAGGUUACAUACAACAAGUUCCACCCCUACACAUCAUGGAUUCCUAUAACUGUAUACAUUUGCUUGCGGAAUUUCACUCAGGAGCUUCGGAAUUUCUCAUUGACCCUCUUUGCGUGGCUUGGCAAGAUUACAUUAGAAACCUACAUUUCCCAGUUCCACAUCUGGCUGAGAUCAAACACCCCUAACGGACAGCCUAAGUGGCUACUUUCUCUCAUCCCAGAUUAUCCUUUGCUCAACUUCAUGCUCACAACUGCUAUUUAUGUAUUGGUAUCCUGCCGGCUCUUUGAACUGACGAAUACACUCAAAUCUGUUUUUGUACCCACAAGGGACAAUCGGCAGCUUCUGUACAACUUUCUUGCUGGAGCUGCAAUUUCUGUGUGUCUUUAUUGCAUCUCGCUCAUUCUUGUUCAGAUCGCUCAUUAACCAGCCUGACAAUUGAAGACUGUGAAGAUUGUUACGAAGAGAUUUUCCUGUUGGAUAUAUAAAUAUGGUGGGGGAAAAAUAAUAGGACGGCGAGCACAUCCUGCUUUCAGAUCUAAGCUCAUGAAGCUAGCGUUUGGAACAAUUUUGAGGAAUUCCACUCACCAUCAUUUUGUCAAAGUCAAAAUUGCUGUUCAAUUUGCCUCAGGAAGUCUGGCAAAGGGCCAGUCUCAUUAAAAGGAAUUUUCUUAUAGUUUUUUGGAUCGUAUCUCGUUCUUUCUUUUCUUAAAAUUUUCUUUCUGUUUCUUAUUUGUUUCUUUCACUGCAUUCCCCUAUUGUCAAUUAAUGAAGGGGGAAAAGAUGUAAGCAUUUAUGAUGUAGAUUUGUUGUCGAUUUUCAACAAUGGUUCAUUAGUAAUUCAAGUUUUUUGCAGAGCAUGC